AUGCCGUCUAGGCCAGCAGCCUUCGCGGUUAUGGACACAUUGUCCAAACUGUCCAGCACUUCGAUUUCAGAACAAACUGGAAUAAAGCCUUUUCCUUCAGAGGAGAGUCUAGAAGAAGACGAGGACAUCUAUAACCAUCUGGUGGAUCUGAUUGAUGAGAAAGCUGUGGAGGAUGAAGAGGAUCUGUAUGACUGUGUCUACGAUGAUGAAGAUGGUGGUGAGAUCUACGAAGAUCUGAUGAAGAUUGAGGCUGUUCCUCCUCCUCUGGUUA